UUUUAAAAAAAUUGUUUGCAGUUACCUCAGAAAAAACAUAUUGUUAUCACUACCAGGUCUAGGAUUUCAUGGUAUCUAAAAUGAAUUAUUUGUGCGAUGAGGAUGAUUCAUGUGAGGGUCCGCCGUCGAAAAGGCAGAAAACUGCUGGAGCCAUGAGCGAUGAUUUUGAGAACAAUUUGACAUUACCCAUCGCUGUUGAGCUCGGGGAAGAGUCUAGAGAUCUUGAACUCAAACUUCUGACAGAAUGUCUCACCUCAUCCAAAUGCGAUAUCGCUCAACCAGCGAAAUGUCAAUGCCGGUGCUGUUUUUAUUCCAAAUACGGACACGUAGUCUUUGUACCGCACGACAGUCAUCGAGAUGGUGAAGAGGGUCCUGGAGAUAAGUGUGCAGAUUGCGUUAGUGUUGAAAGAACAGUGAGAGGACAGUAUGCAAUCGAGAUCUCAGAUCACUUGCCUCUUUCACCUGAAAUUCGACAUGAUCUUGCGUGCCAUUUCCGGGUGAUUAGAGAGAUUUUAAGCAAGAUGUUUUCGACUAAGAUUGCAGAGAUGAGAAAAAAGAUGACCCGGGUAAAAAUUCAAAGUAUGCCUAUCUUACAGGAAGAAACUUCAACGCUGCAGAAGGAAAUCAAGGCAAUUUAUGGUCAGAUGAACUAUCUAGAAAGGGAAGUAGAGGGUACAUUAACUACGGUGAUGAGAACUGGGGAAAACAUAUCAGGAGCGGUAGCUGAUCCCUCGAUACCACCGAAAGAAAAUAUGCCGAUACUUGUGCAUCUGCCAAAGGGAGAUGCUCCUAGGGCGGGUUCGUUGCAGGAGGAAAUAAACAAAUUGAAGACUGAAAACGAGAGAUUGAAGACAAGGAUACAGCAGUUCGAAGAAGAAAAGAGCAUGAGAAGUUUCGGGACGCAAAGUGUUCCCAUAAAAUACUUCACCUCGAAACGAAAAUCGGAUUCAAUAUUAAAGGACUAAUCAACCCCUCACAUUGGGGUGGGAAAAAUAAAACUAUGACACACACAGAUACUUGGUUCUGGCUUGGUAAGAACCUUGGUAUACACUCGAGUCUCGAAGUACUGAAAUGC